CUCUGUCAUAAUCAUUAUAUUCAUCUAAGCUUUCUUAUUCCACUGCCAUUACCGUCCUAUUAUAUGAACUAAUACAAAUUGCAAAGCGCGUGGUGUUUUAGCUUUGCUAAUGAACUAGACUAGAAAUUGAUCUGUCUAGUUGCAUUAACACAAAAGACAAGAGAGACCCAAGACUUGUCUUUCUUUAAACCAGCUUGAUGUUGUGAUGAGAGGCCUCGAGAGAGCAUCAUCCUCUAAUAAAGGCCACUCUCGUCUAUGCUAUAGAUAUCCUCCUCUUGAUAUUCCCCUGCCAUAGUUUGUAAGGCUCUCACUUCCUCUUCUAUAGAAGCUAGGAUAGAUAAGGCUUCUCCGUGUCGAACUUUUAAUGAUAUCUUAAAGCGCUUCUUAAAUCCCUCAAGCCAUCUAAUGCUGAACUCUAGGACUGGCUUGCUAGAGUGUUGUAGAAACUAGCGCUAUAUAUCUCUUGCCUUUGUUUGCAGAAGCUCUCUAGUUGUAAAUCCCCCUCUUGCUUUAAUACGCUGCUGCCAUGUAAACAGAACCUUCUCUAAGUCAGGCUAGAAGCCUUCUCGAAGUCGCAUGCCUUGUGGUGUAUUAUCUCGUCGAGGUGGGAGAAGCGUAGACUUAAGGAUUCGGAAACAGUUGACUGGCUACGUUUGUGAUUGUAUUCGUAGAGGAACCAUUCGAUGCAUUGCUUCUGUGUAGGCUUUAGGUGCUGUCGAUGUGCCUAGCGACGAAGGGCGCGCCUUUGUUCUAAUUUAAUACUGUGCCUCUGGCUCAUGAUCCUAAGAAUACGUCAGACUGGAUAUAACAAUAAUAGGGUGGAACUGUAACGAUUAUCGUAGUAUCGUAAGUUGUGUGGAAAUAGAAUUGGUUCCGAAAAAUAUAUCGCUAUAUCAAAAAUAUCGUUGUAUCCAGGAUCGUUAUAACUGGGGUUGACUGUACCUCCAUUGUUGCUAUUAUUACCAUUAUCGCAUUAUCGCACAUUUGCCCCUCUGACGUUUUGUUUGAGAGAAGUUUCAUAACAGAACAGGAGCAGCCGCAGCCUCGCUAAACCCAAUCUGACCCCUGGCCCUGCUCACCUUCGCAACCACCAUAUACCCGCCAAACCUACCCCCAGCCGCCGCUACGAGGCUGGACCUGACGCAAACGUAGCAAAGACGAGGAACCUCCCAAACGGGCACAGAAAAACCACCCAGCACAGCUCUGCUCGCGACGCGCGUGCCUUGCCUCAAACGUAUAUUUCCUUCUUCAACAUCCCCGACCGGUAAACAGCAGGCACCAGCAACAAACAGACGCCCAACCUUCCCCGCGCCCACCCCCCACCAUCCAUCGGCGGACGACACACCACAGAGCCCCCCCCUUCCUCCCAUUGCCGCGAUGUCGACGUCCUCGUCGCGCUCGGCGCGGGGCUCCACGGCGCGCCGGCUGCCGCGCAACAUGAAUGGCUCACUGUCCGACCGCCUCUCGCGCACCGUCUCGCGCUUCAUGCCAAAGGUGGUGACGUACAACGAGAGCUACACGUAUGCGCUGCGCGCGGCCUUCCUGCAUCACCUGCUGCAGCCGCGCGCCAAGCGGAAGCAGUACCUGGCGGCGGCGCCGAAGGCGAUCAGCCACCGGGCGUCGACGAUUGGGGAUCUGGUCAAGGACUUCUCGUCUGGGGUUGGCUCGGCGAAGAGCGCCAAGCUGCCGCAUGGCUUUAUGGGGCCGCUGGAGAAGCGGAUGACGGGCGUGCUGAUGAUGAAGGAGCGGUUGCCGGGGUAUAAUGAUCCGGCGGUCAAGAGGAGCUUUGCGGAGGCGUAUACGGCGUUCACGGAGGCGACGUUUAGGAGGCGCAUGGAGCAGGAGAGGCGCGUGGAGGAUUUGGUGCUGAUUUUCUACUCGAAUGCGGUUAAGUCGCUGCAGAAGGGGAAGUCGCCGGGGGAUGACUCGUGGAAAAAUCUGCUGGAUCGACAUGUGGCGUUGUUUCUGAGGUUGUUGAGCAAUACGAUGAAGGAUCAUGGGUAUGAUAAGGAUAGGCCAGAGCUGAUGAGUCGGCUGGCGACGCUUGAGAAGAAGCUUCUGACGGACGACCAAGACUUGUCGUCUGGUGCGGGGCCUAGCGAUUCGUAUAUUGAGGUUGUUAACCCGAUCAGCUACGAUGUGAAGGAUAUGCCGAUGGUGCAGGUUGUGGGACGCAUAUUUGGGAUGCGGAACUCGCAGGUGCAGUCUGAUAUCGAUGCGAAUAAGAAGUUCUGGACGGAGGAGGUAGCCCUGACGGAGCUGAAAUCGUACCAGCAGUGCAUCAACUCGCAGUCGGCGCGCGCCCUCUCCUCUAAUGACUUUGUUGUUGACGAGGGGUAUCAGGCGUGGAAGAAGGCGGAGAGUCAUGACCUGUCACAGAUGAUGCUGGGUAUAUUACACGUCAAGCCCGAAUUGGCCAAAUCAUCCUCGGCGAGUACUAAGCCUGGCGCUCUACCGACGACUGGGCUCAACAAACCACUGCCUACUAUUAUACCCAUGCAACCAGAUGCCGGUUAUUAUAAUACGAUUUCGAGCCCGACAGAGCGCACGUCACGAUCAUCAUUUAGCCAGACGCAGCCUGGAGAUAUGGGCGGCUUGUCAUUGAGCGAUGAACCGUCUAGCCGGCUGUAUCUCGAAGAAGUCAGCUUCGUGUAUAUCCCUCCGGACCCACGGGCAUACUACAGAUCCAUACUCAUGCACGCUGCUACAUACGAUCAACUACAUACAGAACACAAUGCAGAGAGCGGCGCCCCCGCACCUCCGCUUAGCAUGCAAUCCCUCGAACUCCUCACCGAGCUCGCGAUUAGAUGGCGCGUCCCGCAGUUCUCUCGGCUGAUCCUCUACCUCGACGUCUCUGUGCAGCGCUUCAAGGACCGGGAAAUCGGGCUUGAGGAGCUCGAUGCGGCGUUUGAGAUGAUUAAGAACCCACCCGCAGAGACCAAGAAGUCUAGCACGCUCGCACAUGCGGGUGGACUGCAGUCCAUCGACCGCUCGCACUGGACUAUCAAUGACCUUGCGCUGUAUCGACAUACGCUUGUCAGUGUCCACGAUUCGCUAUUGCGGGAUUUGUAUGAUGUUCUACAACACUGCUAUGACUCGAAGCCGCCGUCGGUGGGGCCGGUGAUGGUGAUUCUGGAGAGCCAUAUUUAUAACGACGAGUGCUUCCAGCAGAGCCCGGAGCAGGUGCAGGGUUAUAGCGAGCAGCUGGAUAGGGGGUUGAGAGAGCAGGCAGCAGCGGUUUACCGAGGAUACCUCGAGGCCGAGGUGCCUCAGAACCAGGAGGAAUGGCAGUUCUACCACGUCGUGCAGCUAGGCAAGUCGGUGGUGAAGCUGUGCACUCGGAUCCAGAAGCGAUACAAGAAGAACCCGGAGUUCAUGGGCGUCAACCCGCUGACGGUGCUGGUGGAGACGGUGUUCCCGAGCUUCGAGAACGACGCAGCGGACCUGAUCCAGCGGAUCCUGAACGUGGCGCACGCCAAUAACUCCGAGGUCGACCUAGAGGACGGCUUCGCGCUGUAUAAGGAGCUCGUGGAGAUCCGGCGCAUCCACCAGCAGGCGCUGCCAGACGUACCGUUCGCGUUUCACAUCGAGGACGCGCUGGCAGACUUUGUGUGGCGCUGGAUCAACGUGGCGGACGUUAAGAUGGUGGAUCUAGUCGAUCAGGCGAUCCUGCACGACAAGUUCGAGGUGCGCUCGGAGAACCCGACCGAUAACGAGCGACACAGCGUGUCGGCCAUCGACGUGUUCCGGCUGUUCAACGAGACGACGGACCAGAUCUUCCAGCUCAACUGGGACGACGAUGUGCAUCACGCCAAGUUCAUGACGGCGCUGUCGAAGUCGUUCGGGGUGGGCCUGGCGCGGUACUGUGAGGCGCUCGAAGAGCGGUUCACCAAGGAGAUGAACCGGCUGACUCCCGAGCAGGAGGCGACGGCGAAACAGUCGAAGCAGGACCGGUGGAUGCAGCUCGCCAAGGAUGCGUGGAACAACAAGGAGAAGAUGGAGCCGUUCCAGUUCAACCCGCAGUCGCUGGUAAAGCUGAACAACAUCGAGUUCGCGGUGCAGCAGCUUGACAAGCUCGAGAGGAUAAUGAAUGUCGACGCGUGCGCCGAGGUGCUGCAGCGAAAUAUCACACCCAAGGAGCAGCAGCAGAUGCGCAGGCCGAAUAAAUACGUCUUCACCGUCAAGAUUGUGGAGGGCGAGGACCUCAAGGCUUGCGACACCAACGGCCUCAGCGACCCGUACGUCAUCCUCGGCGAUGAGUUCAAGAAGCGCCUGAUGAAGACGCGGGUCGUGCCUAAGAACCUGAAUCCCCGCUGGGACGAGUCAAUCGACAUCAUCGUGUCCGGCCCCGUCAACAUCGUCGCUACGAUCUGGGACUUUGACACCUUCGGCGAUGACGACCUGAUGGGUCGGACGUCGCUCAAGCUCGACCCGUCACAUUUCUCGGACUACCUCCCUAAGGAGUGCUGGCUCAACCUCGAUACGCAGGGGAAACUACUUCUCCGCAUCAGUAUGGAGGGUGAGCGCGACGACAUCCAGUUCUACUUUGGCAAGGCCUUCCGGCUACUCAAGCGCACCGAGCGCGACAUGAUUCGGAAGAUCACGGAUAAGCUCUCAACCUACAUCAACCUCUCCCUCUCGCCCGACGCCCUUCGCAGCCUCCUCUCCCGCGGCAUCUCCCUAACCAGCAUGUGGAAAACCCGCCAUUCCCUCCCCCCCCACCCCUCCCCCUCGACAUCGAAAACGCCCUAA